AACGACAGGCUCACGUAGUCUCCACGGCAAGGCUACCAUCACCAAGGACAAUCAACAUUGGAGCAACACCGAGGACAAUCACCGUUGGAUGGAGGCAUACUUAGGGCCAUGGUGCUGGGGCCCACGAUAACUCAACAUCCAUUUUACCACUGGUUUUCUUCGUCCCAAUGUCUCAAGCUCCCCUACCUGUUCUGAUCGUUGGCGCGGGUCCUACAGGCAUAGUCGCUGCACUAUCAUUGCUUCGGAAUGGAAUCCCCGUGCGCAUUAUUGAGAAGGAUCCGCACUCUCGCCUAGGCCAACGGGGACCAGGCCUUAUGCCUCGUACUCUUGAAAUAUUCGACUACCUCAACGUUCCAGAGGUCUACCAAACAUCAUCCGAAUUCCCAAACAUCAAGAACUACGACCAGGGGUCUACUGAAGUCAAGGCCACGUACUCAAUGCUCCCAGACUAUCCCAAGACUCCCGGCACUCCACACAACCAAGGUAGAAUGCUGGGACAGCAGACGCUCGAGCGUCUGCUACGCAAGCACAUCGAUGCGUACGGCGUACAGACCGAACUUGGCGUCGAGCUCCGGACUAUCGAGCAAGACGAGAACCGCGUUCGUGCACAUGUCGUCCGACGCGACGGCGACAACGAGGUCGAGGACGUCAUCGAGGCAGCAUAUCUCAUUGGCGCGGAUGGCGCCAAAGGCGCCGUCCGCAAGCAGCUGGGGCUUACCUUCUUUGGAGAAACCUAUGACAACAUUCGGCUCCUUAUCUCGGAUGUACGGGUGACGUCCUCUUUCCUGGGUCGGGAGUAUAUGCAGACUUUUGGUAACUUCAAGGACGGAGCGAUUGGUUUCCGUCCGACCAAAGAGAUCGCAGAGGACGGAUAUCAGUUGACUAUCUCGGGUGACAAUCAUGACUUACCGACACUUGCCAAGGGCAAAGUCGCCUUGGAAGCGCUGAUAAAGAAAUGCGUUCCUGGCGACGUCAAGUUAGAGGAGGUGCUAUGGUGCACUGAGUGGAGAGCCAAUGUACGCAUGGCGGAUACAUUCAGCAAAGGACGUUGUUUCGUUGCUGGCGAUGCUGCUCACGUCCACACCCCCGCAGGCGGUCAAGGUCUAAAUUCGGGUAUGCAAGACUCCUUCAAUCUCGCCUGGAAACUUGCUCUCGCCUAUAAAGGCCUCGCUUCGUCCUCGCUCCUAGAGAGCUACAGCGCCGAGCGACUUCCCGUCAUCGCAGACAUGCUCAACAUGACGACCAAGCUCAUGGAGCGCCAACGGACGAUCAGCGUCCCAAGCAAAGCAUUCCAGCGCGGGCCGCACAUGUUUAUGCUCAGCGUGAACUACCGCCCGAGCGGCAUCGUGCUCGAGGAGGUCAAGACGGGCAUCGAGCCGAUCGACACGUAUGGGAGCAUACGCGACGGGAACAUUGUUGCUGGUGAUCGCGCGCCUGAUGCGCCAGGUGUGGAGGUACUUGGGCAGGCGGGCGAGGACAAGACGAGGCUGAUGCAGGUGUUCACGCCGACAGCGCACACGGUGCUUGUGUUUGCGCCUGACGCGAACGCUGCGCUGCCCGUGCUUGAAGGUCUGACGGCCUUCGACGCGAGUAUCGUCAAGUCUGCGGUUGUUCUUGCGCCUGGCGCUGCUACCCACCCUGACGUCGGAGCGAAUGCCAUCGUCGUGGAUAACGAGGGACACGCGUACAGCGAAUAUCAGGUAGAGAAGGGAGAGACGCGGGUCGUGGUCGUUCGUCCAGACGGCGUGAUUGGCGCGACAGUCAAGGAUGCUGGCGGGGUGAAGCGUUAUUUCGAGAAGAUAUUCGGGCAAUGAGCGUGGUCGAGGAUCACUGUCGAAAUACCAUAACGUCAACUCCAAUACUAUCCAUCACCAC